CCGGCACUGAAGCGGCGAUAAGUGGCUGCCUUGGGGAGGGAAAAGCUGGGCAAAGGGGAUCCAUCUUGGCCGCAAAACAGAGAACAAAACGCAAAACAACAAGAACAACAAACAAAAAAAAAAAAACAAGGGAGGUGAAAGCAACGGCUUCCCUGUUGCAGUAUCUCCCCAUCCUCGCCUCGUCGACGGCGCUGUGGGGGAGCCCCGGGAAGGGCUUGCUUUGGGGCCGCUUGUAGGAUGUCCCGACAUGAGGGUGUGAGCUGCGACGCUUGUUUGAAGGGAAACUUCCGGGGCAGACGCUUCAAGUGUCUCAUCUGCUACGACUACGACCUGUGCGCGUCGUGCUACGAGAGCGGCGCAACCACCACGCGACAUACCACAGAGCACCCCAUGCAGUGUAUAUUAACCAGGGUAGACUACGAUUUGUAUUAUGGCAACGACACCUUCUCAUUGGAGCAGCACCAGGCGUUCACAUGUCCUUACUGUGGCAAGAUGGGAUUCACUGAGACGUCCUUGCAGGAGCACGUCACCGCUGAGCACCCCGAGACGUCUACUGAGGUGAUCUGUCCAAUAUGUGCCGCCUUGCCCGGGGGGGAUCCCAACCAUGUCACAGACGACUUCACAGCCCACCUCACUCUCGAGCACAGAGCACCUCGAGAUUUGGACGAGUCGAGCAGCGUCCGGCACGUGCGGCGGAUGUUCCACCCCGGGCGGGGACUGGGCGGCCCCCGAGCACGACGCACCAACAUGCACUUUACUGGCGGCUCAGCGGGCGGCCUGUCUUCGUCCACGUCGUCAUCGCAGAGCUCCACCUACACGCCCAGCAACAGGGAGGCCAUGGACCCCAUCGCAGAGUUGUUGUCACAGCUGUCUGGGGUGCGGCGCGCAGCAGGCGGCCAAAUCAACUCUUCGGGGCCUUCAGCGUCGCAGCUGCAACAGCUCCAGAUGCAGUUGCAGCUAGAGCGGCAGCAGGCGCAGGCGGCGCGCCAGCAGGUGGAGACAGGCCGCCACGCCGCCCGACGCGGCAACAACCCGGCCAACGCCGCCGGCUCGGCUGCCGCCACCAUCCCGCCGCCCAGCGCGGCCGCCACAAGCACGGGCACGCCGGCCGAAAGCAACCCCUCAACCUCAUCCCACAAUUCCCAGUUUCUAUUAGCACGGCUGAACGAGUCCAAGUUGUCAGAGGCGGAGCGUCAGCUGGCGGAGGGCGAGCGCGCCGACCGCAGCCUGUUCGUGCAGGAGCUGCUGCUGUCCACGCUCAUGCGUGACGAGAGCUCGUCCUCCGAUGAGGACGAGCGGCGGGACUUCGUCGACUUCGGCGCCAUGGGCUGCGUGGACGUGAUGCCCCUUGACGUGGCGUUGGAGCACCUGCAGCUCCGUGAGCGAGCCUCCGCCACCAAGGAGCCGCCGCCGCCUCUUUGAUGUCCAGGCAGUGCGCAGACUCUGUCCCGCCUGCUGCAACUGUCAGUGAUGGACAUCCCUCCCCCAAAAAGCCCCGCCUA